CCCCCAUCAGUGGAGAGCAGAAAGAUUGUUGGGUGUGGCAACACCUCACAGUAAAGGAAGAAGGGGCAAGCUGCUUGUUCCCAGGAGGUUUACCUCCAGAACUAGUUACUGCAGCUUCAAAGUGACUGAAGAAGAUCGUUCUCCAUAGGCCUGCGCUCAGGCCCGAAGCCCUCUUCCCCUAUUUUGAGUGGCCACUCUAUUUCCUGGUCCCUGCCGUUGUCAGGGACGAUUGCAUGGGCUACGCCAGGAAAGUAGGCUGGGUGACUGCAGGCCUGGUGAUUGGGGCUGGAGCCUGCUACUGCAUCUACAGAUUGGCCAGAGGAAGAAAGCAGAACAAGGAGAAAAUGGCCGAGGGUGGCCCUGCUGAUGUGGAUGAUGCCGGGGACUGUCCUGGGGCCAGGUAUAAUGACUGGUCAGAUGAUGAUGAUGAUGACAGGAAUGAGAGCAAGAGUAUAGUUUGGUACCCACCUUGGGCCCGGAUUGGCACUGAAGCAGGGACCAGAGCUAGAGCCAGGGCAAGAGCCAGGGCUACGAGGGCUCGGAGAGCUGUCCAGAAAAGGGCUUCUCCUAACUCAGAUGAUACUGUUUUGUCCCCUCAAGAGUUACAAAAAGUACUUUGUUUGGUUGAGAUGUCUGAAAAGCCUUAUAUUCUUGAAGCAGCUUUAAUUGCUCUAGGUAAUAAUGCUGCUUAUGCAUUUAACAGAGAUAUUAUUUGGGAUUUGGGUGGUCUCCCAAUUGUUGCAAAGAUUCUCAACACGCAGGAUCCCAUCGUGAAGGAAAAGGCUUUAAUUGUCCUAAAUAACUUGAGCGUGAACGCUGAAAAUCAGCGUAGACUUAAGGUGUACAUGAAUCAAGUGUGCGAUGACACAAUCACUUCUCGAUUGAACUCAUCCGUGCAGCUGGCUGGACUCAGAUUGCUUACGAACAUGACUGUUACUAAUGAGUAUCAGCACAUACUUGCUAAUUCCAUUUCAGACUUCUUUUGCUUAUUUUCAGCAGGAAAUGAAGAAACCAAACUUCAGGUUUUGAAACUCCUUUUGAAUCUGCCUGAAAACCCAGCCAUGACUAGAGAAUUGCUCAGGGCUCAAGUGCCAGCUUCGCUGGGCUCCCUCUUUAGUAAGAAGGAGAACAAAGAGGUUAUUCUUAAACUUCUGAUCAUUUUUGAGAACAUCAAUGACAAUUUUAAAUGGGAAGAAAAUGAGCCUGCUCAGACUCACUUUAGUGAGAAUUCACUUUUUUUCUUUUUAAAAGAAUUUCAAGUGUGUGCCGAUAAGGUUCUGGGAAUAGAAAGCCACCAAGAUUUUCUAGUGAAAGUAAAAGUUGGAAAGUUUGCAGCCAAACUGACUGAGCGUAUGUUCCCAAAAAGCCAGGAAUAACUUGGUGGCUUUGUA